AUGUCAUCAACACAACUGGAGAACUUGUUACAAAUUGUUGCACCGAAACUCAAUAAGCAGACAUUUCUCAGAGAGCCUGUCAGUGCUGAAGAACGUUUGUGUUUAACUCUAAGAUAUUUGGCUUCUGGCGACUCAAUGGUAUCGAUGUCAUAUCAAUACUUAUUAGGACGUACAACAAUAAGCAACAUUAUAUCCGAAACAUGCGAAGUAAUUUGGAAUAUGUUGUGUCCAGUUGUCCUUCCAUCUUCUUUAACGAAAGAAGAUUGGCUACAUAUUGCAGCAGAUUUUGAAAAUCGAUGCAAUUUUCCUCAUUGCAUUGGUGCCAUCGAUGGAAAACAUAUUGUUAUUCAAUGUCCUGCUAAUGCUGGCUCUACAUAUUAUAACUACAAACACAGCCACAGUAUUGUUUUAAUGGCAGUUUGUGAUGCUAACUACCUAUUCACAUUUGUCGAUAUUGGAGCCUAUGGUAGACGCAGCGACGGUGGCAUUUUCAAAGAAUGCCAGUUUGGUAAAAAAUUUGAACAAAAAAAAAUGAAUGUACCAGAUGCAGAUGCAGUUUCUGAAAAUAGUCCCAUAUUGCCAUAUUGCCUCGUUGGAGAUGAAGCAUUCCCUUUAAAAGAAUAUUUGCUUCGACCAUAUCCAGGAAGGGGCGGACUGACCAAAGAGAAAAAUGUAUUCAACUAUCGGCUGAGCCGCACCAGGCGAAUUGUUGAAAAUACAUUUGGUAUUCUUGCCAGUCAGUGGCGAAUACUGAGGAAGCCAAUAAUUGCUAAAGUAGAAAAUGCAGAGAAAAUUGUGCAAGCCAUUGUGUGUUUGCACAAUUGGUUACGAAAACAGUGA